GCAGCUAGGAAUCGCUUGCCCACUUUUUUGUUCCGAAGGAAAGGACGCAGACCAUCUGGGCCAGUGCUCAGACCCUUGGUUAGUCCUUCCUCCUCCUGAUUCCUUAACAUCUUCUUCUCUACAAGAUCAUCCCCAUCAGGAUACAGGUUCUGCAAAGUACUUAUUAUUCAAGUUGGAUAAACCAGUUCUGCAGACUGCAUCCCCAGUGCAUUUUCAAAGAAUGACAACUGCCCUUAACAUUCUUGCAGACCUGGAUACCUAUCUGUGUGAAACCAGUAGAGUCUUGGAGUAUAACUAAGGACAGACACCAGUACUAGCACAAACGUUACCAAGUUGCAUGAUUAUGGAGAUGGUCUACCUAUUGCUGAAAAUGUAUCUAGUUUUUUGACAACGGUUUAAUAACCAUGGGGUCAAGUGGACUUGGAAAAGCAGCAACACUAGACGAACUGCUGAGCACUUGCAUUGAGAUGUUUGAUGACAAUGGAGAGCUGAACAAUAGUUAUUUGCCAAGAAUAGUUCUACUGAUGCACCGAUGGUAUUUAUCUUCCACUGAAUUGGCAGAAAAACUUCUCUGCAUGUAUCGAGAUGCCAGUGGAGAAAACUGUGAUGAAUUUCGGUUAAAGAUCUGCUACUUCAUGAGGUACUGGAUUCUCAAGUUUCCUGCAGAGUUUAAUUUGGACCUUGGUUUGAUCCGUAUGACUGAAGAAUUCCGAGAAGUAGCUAGCCAACUAGGGUAUGAAAAACACAUCAGCCUCAUCGACAUAUCCAGCAUUCCUUCCUAUGACUGGAUGAGAAGAGUCACACAGAGGAAAAAAGUAUCCAAGAAGGGAAAAGCCUGUCUGCUGUUUGACCAUCUGGAGCCCAUUGAAUUGGCUGAGCACCUCACUUUUCUGGAGCAUAAAUCUUUUAGAAGGAUCUCAUUCACUGAUUACCAAAGCUAUGUCAUCCAUGGCUGCCUGGAGAAUAACCCAACCUUGGAGAGAUCUAUUGCUUUAUUUAAUGGAAUCUCUAAGUGGGUCCAGUUGAUGGUUCUUAGCAAACCAACCCCCCAGCAAAGGGCAGAAGUCAUUACAAAGUUUAUCAAUGUUGCCAAGAAGCUCCUUCAGCUCAAAAAUUUUAACACUCUGAUGGCAGUGGUGGGAGGCCUUAGUCAUAGUUCUAUCUCACGCCUCAAGGAGACCCAUUCUCAUCUUUCCUCAGAAGUUACAAAGAACUGGAACGAAAUGACAGAGCUGGUCUCCUCCAACGGCAAUUACUGCAAUUACCGCAAGGCCUUUGCCGACUGCGAGGGCUUCAAGAUUCCCAUCCUUGGCGUCCACUUGAAAGACUUGAUAGCAGUCCAUGUCAUUUUCCCAGACUGGAUGGAGGACAACAAAGUUAACAUUGUAAAAAUGCACCAGCUCUCCGUUACCCUCAGCGAACUGGUGUCUCUGCAGAAUGCCUCCCACCACUUAGAACCCAACAUGGAUUUGAUCAACCUGCUCACGCUCUCUCUGGACCUCUAUCACACAGAAGAUGAUAUUUACAAAUUGUCACUGGUGCUGGAGCCUAGAAAUUCUAAAUCGCAGCCUACCUCCCCGACAACACCCACCAAGCCUGUGGUGCCCCUGGAGUGGGCAUCAGGAGUGAUGCCAAAGCCAGACCCCACAGUCAUCAACAAGCACAUAAGGAAAUUAGUUGAGUCUGUGUUUAGAAACUAUGACCAUGACCAUGAUGGGUACAUCUCCCAAGAGGACUUUGAAAGUAUAGCUGCCAAUUUUCCCUUUUUGGAUUCCUUCUGUGUCCUGGACAAAGAUCAGGAUGGCCUAAUUAGUAAAGAUGAAAUGAUGGCUUACUUCCUGCGAGCUAAGUCCCAAUUACACUGUAAAAUGGGACCAGGAUUUGUCCAUAAUUUUCAGGAGAUGACCUAUCUCAAGCCAACCUUCUGUGAACACUGUGCAGGAUUUCUCUGGGGCAUAAUCAAGCAAGGAUACAAAUGCAAAGACUGUGGAGCCAAUUGUCACAAACAGUGCAAAGACCUCCUCGUUCUGGCCUGCAGGAGAUUUGCCCGGGUACCCUCCUUGGGCAGCAGUCAUGGGUCGCUGCCUGGAAGCCCCUCGUUGCCCCCAGUGCAGGAUGAAGUGUUCGAGUUCCCUGGCGUCACUGCAGGACACCGAGACCUGGACAGCAGAGCCAUCACAUUGGUCACAGGCUCUUCUCGCAAGAUCUCUGUGAGGCUGCAGCGUGCCACCACCAGCCAGGCCACCCAGACCGAACCCGUAUGGUCAGAAGCUGGCUGGGGGGACUCGGGGUCCCACACCUUCCCCAAAAUGAAAUCCAAGUUCCAUGACAAAGCAGCAAAGGACAAAGGUUUUGCCAAGUGGGAAAACGAGAAGCCCAGGGUGCAGGCGGGUGUGGAUGUUGUUGAUCGGGCCACUGAGUUUGAGCCUGACCAGGAUGAAGCAGAUGCUGGUGAGACCAGACAGGAUGGUGAGGAUGGCUGACUUCAGGCCGAGGACACUGGAGGCAAUCAUAUUGGCAUUUGGAAGGAGCGAGAUGAGAAACUCUGAAGAAUGCUCCAACUCAGGAAGUUAUCUGAAAAGAUACCUUGGACUUUUAUUGACUGGUGACACCGUGGGAUCUCCCUGAUUGGACUAAGGGACAGAGGAUUUCCCCCGUGAACUAUUUAUUUCCUCCUCCCUGGGCUCUAGUUAGGUGUCACAAAGAUUGAGUGAUGUAGUUGGUAGUUUUCUCAUCUAUCUUUUUCUAGAGCCAUUUUUCUAUGAGUGAAGUGAAAGCUUUUCUGCAUGUACUUGAUACUCCUUCUCUAAACUCAAACUUUAAUUUUGUUGUGAGAAUAUUAUUUCAGUAUUUUUAUAAACUUUUGGUGGGGGAGGAGUCAAUUUAGAGGUCUUUUUUUUUCUUUUGUGCUUUUUGGAGGGGACCAGGACUUAUUUUCUAGAAGGACACAGAAUCUCUUCAGAUCCUGGAAGGUGGUGGUUCUACCAACCCAAGGAGAAGAUGUUUACAUUGUUCUUACCAUACAGUUGCUAUUAGGAUAUGUAAUGAGUCAUACAUUUAUAUUCAAUAAGUCUUACCCAUUCUGCAUCAUAAGGAAGCUAUGAGACAACCAUGAAAACUCUCCUGAUAUUUAUAAUUGCCACGGGGGAAAAUUAAGUAUACUUGUCUCAUCUGACAAGGUUUAGCUAUCUUUCCUAAAACUCCUGUUAAGACUGCCAGUAAGAAAUGUGGAUGGUGAUUACAAAAUCAAUUAAAAUUUUGGGGGAUAAAAUUUAGGAGAAAAACAAACCACCAGAAAAGCAAACCACUUGGUGAAAUGAAGAACACCCAGCAGUCUUUAAAAAGUCAAAAUUUUAUUUGAAUUUUAUUUGUUACAAAAGAAAAGUUUGGGUUGUGACAGGGAACUUUUGUCCUCUUCUGAAGAAACCACCAUCCAUAAUUAAAUAGUCAUAGAAAUCUGAUCAUCAGAAACCACCUUUGAUUAAUAUUUUAUUUCAGCUUUUCAUAUAUCAAUAUUUUAAAUAUCUUCCUUUGAUCUAAAUAAUUAGAUGUGGGUCUGUUUUUUACAUGAUUAGAAGAGAGAGAACUUAGCUCAACAUGUUCAAAUAUAGAGAUUGGAUUGAGCCAGUGGGCAAGGGGAAUGACCUGGUGCCUCGUGACCAGAGAGAAGCUGGACCCACAGAGGUGCCCUGCUCUGCAUUGGGAGUUGAAGUGUGUAUACCACAUAAGACUGAAUCUGUUUCUGUGAGGGGCAGUCCCUUCAGCAAAGAAAUGCCUUUCUUCUCUUUCUGUUAGGUGAAAUUGAGGACAGUUCUAUUCCGCAAACAGUUGACCACCUGCUCUGGGCAGGUCCUGUGCUAGAUACACAAAGACAAGUAACACCCGAUCUCUGCCCUCAGGAGCUGAGAGCCUGUGGGCGUUAAGGCAAGAUGGUUCCAUAAAGUACAGUUCCAGAUUUGCUAGAACUAAUGGUGCCAAACAGACUGAGAAAUCAAUGUGCAAAUUAAAUGAAGUUAUUAGUUGAGGGAGCUUUGAUUAAACUGUGUAAUAAGAGAACUCACCAUGUACAAAGCCCCCCAGAAAGCCAGCAGCCAUCCCUAUGUGUUGGCUCUAUGUAUAUAUACUAUCUAUUCCUAUUCAUAAAUGCAAUGAAAUACAUGUUCACAAAAUUAAAAACAGAAAAUGGCAAUUUCAGUACAUGAAACAUUACUUAUAUAUGUUUUUUUAAUUUUAAGAAAAUUCAGGAAGAAACUGGGAUUCUUCUUUUUCUUCUCAAAGCAAUUAUUUCACUCAUCACUGAGUUUGGGUUAGUUUUGAGUUUUCAUAUAUAAGAAGAGUUUUAUAUUGUCAGCCUUCCUGUGACAAAGAUACCAAAUAUACCUUGAAUAAAAAAACAAAUACAAACAAAGAAAAUAAAACAAACAUAUUUAUGUGUGUGUAUGUGUAUUCAUACACAUACACAUGCAUACACUCACACACACACUACUAUUCUUACUUUGCUGAAGAGGAAUCUGUGUCCACAAUGAAGCUACCUUAUAAUUUUGAUUAUAUUAUUUACUCACAACCACUGGUGACUCUGCUGUUUCAAUGUGUCAAUUUCCCACAAUCAGUAAAAUGAGUAAAUUAGGCAAACCCAUGGAGAAGCAAAAUAAACUAUUAUAUCUGGUUUCUCCAGACCUUCCUUUUGUAGAUUUGAUGGUCACUAUCACCUUUUAGGGGAAAGGCAAAAGCAAAACCAAACUCUUAACAGUGACUGGUAUCAGGUACCAGGACAGAAUAUGUUAUAUGCUGCAAUUCAGUCUUCCUAGAGGAAUGUACAAAUCGGACUGAUGCUGUUUUAGGUCGGCCUCACCAGAGGGUGGCCCUAGUUGGUAUUGAACAGUUUUUGUUGAGUGGCUGCCUCCUUAAGCAAUAAUGUCUCCCCCUGUCCAUGGUAACAGUCUCUCCAAAGGUCCAAAGGGCUUGCUGUUUAACUUGCAAGGCAGGACUCCUGCAGAAGGGAGCGUCAACCUGUUACUGAUGGUAGGAACCUUAGCAUUUCUAAACACAUUGAUUUUUGACUGAGGAGGUAAAUUCAGUCAAAUGAAGAGAGUGCAGCCUGUCUCUGGCAUGCGAUCUACAGUCAGAUUUAAAUCUCGUUUCUGCCAGUUGUAGUCAUGAGACCCUGGGCAAGUCAGGUACCUCUCUCUGAGCCUCAGUUUCCUCCUGUGAAAGGAGAGAUUUCCCCACCUUCCUCAACAGACCUCAUAGAGCUAUUGUAAACAUCAGGUUGAAUAGUACAUGCAAAUAUCAGGUUGAACAGUAUAUGUAAAGACCUUACAAGUAAGUUAAUCUUUGCAGUUAAGCAGGUUUCUUUUCUAAAAUUGUCUGCAGGAUCCCAGACUAUAUGUUUUCAUGACUGUGUACUUUGGAGGCUCUAAACCCAACGUUUAACUAAAUUCUGCAUGAUUUAAACAACAUGAAACACAUAUUCUUAUUCCUGGCAUUAUGUGUGUGGAGGGUUAAUUCUGGUCUGUUUCCUAACACUGGCUGUUGUCUCUCUGUUUGAAAAUAGGUAGACAACAUAAAGAAACCAAAUGCGUAAAAUGUGAGUUUAGAGGAACAUAGGUCAACACAUAACUACCCUUAAGAAUUUAGUGUUAAUAGAGGCAGAGAAGAGAAAAACAAUUAACUUUUAAAAUAAAAAGUACACCAUUUAUUUGACAGCCAGAAUGUAUUUUACAACUACUGAAAGUGGUAAUAAGUGGUAAUGAGUGGAAACGAGUUGGAAUUUAAGACUCCUCGGGAAAUAGCUUCCUCCAAGCUGCAUCCAAAACUUGCUUGCUGGAGUCUAGAUGGUACUCAGACCUCAAACAAAAAUAUCUAUUUUCUUUUAAAAAUGUUAAUAACAAGCACUUUGGAAUUCACAUCUAUUCAGAAACUAAGUGACUUGCAGUUUAUACAAAAUAGCAAAAGGAAGGCAUUGCUGGGGGGCAUUCUGUAAGGCAGCUGGCCUGAACACUUCAAAAAUAAACCUAAAAGGGACCAAGCAGUUUUGGAUCAAAGGAAACACAUUAACCAAAUGAAACACAACAACCAAAUGCAAUGUUGUAAACCUUGAUGGGACUUUUAAAGCAGACACUUUGCAGGCUGCAGUUAGGGAAAUCUAAAUACGAACAUAGCAGUCCCCUUUAUCUGCAGCUCAGUUUCCAGAGUUUCAGUUACCUGCAGGUGAUACCAUUGAAGCAGGUGAUUCUCCUUCUGACCAAUUGUCAGGAGGUCAUAGGUCGAUAGUAGCCUAAUGUGACCCCUGCCUCACAACAUUCAACCUCACUAGCUUGCUUCACUCACCUCACUUCUCAUGCGGGCAUUGUGUUAUCUCACAUCGUCAGAAGAUGAAAGGUGAGUACAGCACUGUAAGAGGUUUUGAGAGACAGGGGCGCCCGGGUGGCUCAGUCGGUUAAGUUUCCGACUCCUGAUUUUGGCUCAGGUCAUGAGCUCAGGUAUGUGGUUUUGAGCCCCGCGUCGGGCUCCAUGCUGAUAGUAGAGUGUGCUUGGGAUUCUCUCACUCUCUGCCCCUCCCCCACUCAUGCUCCCUCUCUCUCCCUCUCUAAAUAAAUAAGUAAAUAAAUAAAAACUUAA